ACCAAAAGACUGCGGACAGUACAGGGGAUGACCAGAGACUGCGGACAUGGUGAAGGAAAUGACCAGAGACUGCGGACAGUGCAGGGGAUGACCAGAGACUGUGGACAGUGCAGGGAUGACAAAUACUGCGGACAGUACAGGAGAUGACCAGAGACUGCAGACAGUACAGGAGAUGACCAAAAGACUGCGGACAGUACAGGGGAUGACCAGAGACUGCGGACAUGGUGAAGGAAAUGACCAGAGAGACUGCGGACGUGCAGGGGAUGACCAGAGACUGUGGACAGUGCAGGGGAUGACCAGAGACUGCGGACAGUGCAGGGGAUGACCAGAGACUGCGGACAGUGCAGGGGAUGACCAGAGACUGCGGACAGUGCAGGGAAGGACCAGAGACGGCAGACAGUACAGGGGAUGACUAAGAGAAUGCGGACCUUUGGGGAGGGAGGGGGAGCGGACACCGUAC